CAGGAUUCAUAUUGGGGAAAGGGAAUUCAAUUCUGCUUCAGAGGCCCUUCAGGCAUACAUGGACCAAUAUACUGGCUUGAAGCCCAAGGGAGAUAAAUACGAUAUGAAUGUAACGGACCUACUGGAUCCCAAGUCUGUGUUGCACAUGACAGCAGAGCGAUCUCUAAAGACAGGAGUACGGGCUACACCCACAGAACUUAAAGCUGGCCCAAUCAAAGGAUUCCAUCAACAACUCCUACGAUAGGAUGAACAAGUCCAGUGCCUUGAGGGCAGAAGGAUCAACAGGGAAACGUUCAAGGGGGAGGAAAGUUAAACCUUCUGGCCGUAAGGGUGGUGCUGAGGAUGCUUUGAACCGAUCAGGAAAGCUUUUGAACAGAAUAGCCAAGGAUGAGAAGGAGCCCAUGAUUGCUGUGGCCAGUGAUGUCGGCAGCAUGUCCACUGAUGUCCUGUUGUCCAUGAACCCUGUGGGUGGCUACAGCAAAGAGUAUAUGGCCGCUCUUGCUGCAGCUACAGAGGCUGAAGAGCCCAAGCGUGGUCAUGUGUAUUCAUACAGGACUGCACGCACACGUUCAAGGUCACUGAGCAGAGAAAGGCCUAGUACAGUUUCCGAGCUCCAACCUGAAAUACGUAAGGACUUUAAUACAAACAGACCUCCCUCCAGUUACCGGCCCCCAGUUGUUGGGAGCGGUCGCGUGAGGGAGAGGAGUCGUUCUGUUUCACCCUCUUCAUUUAGACAGCAUGAUCGUUUAUUUGGUAAUUCAAAGAAUACCCAACACAGAGACAAUACGCUAGACUCUGACACAUCCAAACAUAAGGCUCCCAGUUGGAUAGAGGCCUUAGAUAUUUCUAAUCCUAGUGAGACAUUGUGGUCCAAACGUGACCUUAUUGCAGGUCGGCCCCCACCUAGCUGGGUACAGGGCCUGGAGGGGUCAGACAUCAACAGUUUGAUAUCCGGUGUAUCCAAUAACCAGACUGAUAUCAAUAAUCUGCUAGCCCCUAACAUGGACAUAUCAGGACUUGGCAACUCCACCCUGUCAAACCCUCCUGGUUUAUCAUAUAAGGACCUGAUGGUGACACCCACCAAGGGUAAAUCUGUGAACUUUGACUUGUCCUCCAACGAUUUUGGUCAGGGGAAGCUACCUGGUGAGAAGUUUGAAAUUGCCAGUAAAUUACCCAGAGAAGUAUUAGAAAGUGGAAACACAAGGCUAGACAGUAGUGAUGCACUUGAUCGUUACCUAGAGGGGUUAGGGUGUGGACCCAAGCCUCCCACCUCAGGCAUCCAGUCAGAUAGCCAGUAUGAAGCGCCCAGGUGUUCCAGUCUAGAUACUACAGCAUUGUUAAAUGGGCUAGCUGCCCCUACCAAGAGUGAUAUUACAGGGGCAAGUCCUAUAUCACGGAAUGGCAAAUCUCCAAUUGGAAGCCCAAACAGAUCAAGACGAUCUCGGUCAAGGCCACAGACUCCAGACACAGACCUUGUGUUAGAUGGUGAUCGGCCAUGGGAAAAAUCACUAGCAUCAUUUAAGGCUCCUGUAUAUAUAUCUGAAGAGGAAUCGGGGGCUCAGCCUGGAGAGAUUUCAGCGGAGUGCGAGACCCUGACUGGUCGGACACAGCCCGGGAGUCUCGAGACACUGAAGAACAUGCUGUUUAAGUUACAAGCUGAAGCCUCAGAGGAAACCUCCAACCGUGAAAAAAUAGCUCAAAUAAUUGCUGAAUCAAGGAAGGAACUGAAUGCCAGUUCUGCCUCCCUGCAGCCUGAGGAGGAGAUACCGGCCCUGAAGGGUUAUAAUUAUCAGGAGGAACCGGGAGGCCAGUCUCUGGAGAAAGCUAUGGUUCAUCUCGGAAGAUUAAAAAACCUUGUGGAAGUUGGGAAAAAGGAAGCACGAAGUCGAUCUGCCUCGCGGGACCGGAGUAUGUCACGGAGUAGAAGUGUGUCUCCUCUACGACAGCUCCCUCAACCUAUCCUUAGCUAGGAAAGUGCUAGAUGUACAUGUAGCUCUAUGUCUGUUGGCGAUGAACUCUAAAGUGAGGUGAUCCUUGCAGGGAUUCUGGGGUGGAUUUGCUAUCGGCAGUCUCAAUUGCCAUGAGUGUCAGUGCGAGCCUUCAUGGAUGAUGCAUGGGAGAUAACUACUUCAGAAAUAGAAAUCCUAGACAGGAGAGGAUAGUACCCAACAAUGAUAUCAAAAUGAAGCUUUAAUCUAAAUUAUCUUUAAUUAUAAAGUAAUCAGCAUUACAAAACUAUACAACACAUUUUUUUCUCAUUUGACAUAAUUUUAGAGUAAGCAUUUUUGGAUAAACACAUUUUAAGAAGAAACCAAAUCAAAAACUAUUUUCCAGGUGUUUUUGUACAGUAUGUAAAAAGUUGUGAAACUAAUAUAGUUUUGUGUGUCAAUAAUUACAACCUGUUAGACUACCUCUUGAAUAUGGCCUUUUGAAUUGGUCUUUUUUUACGUAGUGCAUGGAUCUAACUGUAAUAUAAGGUUUUGGUGUUUUUUGAGUUUUUUUUGUUUUUUUUUUAAUUUAAUUUUCUCGUAAAACAAUUCUUUAUCUCAAAUGACUUCUGCAGGCACACUUGUUAUUUUGGGAACGAAAUAUCUAAAUCUUUUGUAAAAAAAAUCUCAACUGAAGUGUUUUGCAUUUGUAUUUCCCUACUUGAAUUCAUUUUGGGAUAAAAAAAAUCCCAUUGAUCUGGCGAAAGUAACAACAACUUGUUCUUAGAAAUGUUAGGUUAUGUACAAAUCCUGUAUGAAUUUGAUGUUUGAUAUUUGAUGUGAUUGUAAUGCCACAAAGAAAACCAUGUCUCACAGCUGAAGUUCUUUAUUCUUCAUAACAUGAUUGGAUAUAGUGUGUGUAAUACUGAAGUAAGGAUUUGUAGUAUUAAAACUAGCAAUUGUUUUUUGUGUUCCUGAUUAAUAAUUUCAGAGUAUGGUUACUGAGCAAAGGAAUUAAAUACAUGUAUCAUUUUCAUAUAAUUUAUUAACAUAGGUGAUUUUUGAAGGUAUGAUUAAUUAUAUAAUCUUGAAGUUAUUAAUUAUUAGCCUUCCGCCAAUGUUCAUGUGCAGCUGCCUUCAUCCCCUGACAUCAUCUUGUACAUCUCAGAAUUUUCGAUAUUCUUAUUAAGAGUUUUGCUACUUACAGUUUGUGCUAACUAAUUGUAACUAGAGCAUAUUCCAGGGGCACAGAGAGGAAAAUUGAACUUACUCCAAGAAAUAUUUAAGGAUGGUGUUGAGAUUCUUAGCAGUUUUGAAUGUUAAUAGUACAUCUGUAUAUUUUCUGUGUGUAGAUAUGACAAUAACUGCAUGUCUGAUUAUUAAGUAAAAUAUAUUGAAAUGUGCUGACAGAAGUUCAUAAAAUUAUGAAGUUUCAUGAAGAAAAUUUAUUCUUAAUCAGCAAAGCUAAAUACAACAGAUCAUUUGGGAAAAUGUAUUUAAUCUGUUACAGUAAUAAGUUGGAUUUGAUAUUUUUAUAUAUAUAUAUGACAGCAAUUUGAUGUACUAUUUAUUGGCACCUGUAGCAACUGAAACAUUCACUCCACACUAACUGUGAUAUUACAUAUAGGAACAUUCCUAGUAUCAGUAUUGUAUCUUUUUAAACUCAUAUUUUUCACAUUGUUUACAGACUAAAAUAAAAUUAAUACAUCCGU